UGAUGAGUGGCAACAUUUUUCUGCAUGGCUGCACUUCAGUCGUGAUUGCGUGAGUGAUCAUACGUACUGUUUUUUUCGGUGCUGAGUGCCUAAGAUUUACAUAUUGCAGAUAUUAGCCUCUACGACCAAGUCCUUCGAAUUCCUCUCUAAGACAAUGGAAAAUUCAGAGCGGAGUCCUCUGUAUAAUGGCAACCACUUCAAUCCAUACAUGACUUUGACAAAAGAAGCUUCUAACAGCUACUAUAAUGGUCAUGACUGCGUAGUUGAAACCAAGUCGGGCCGAGAGAUCGAGGGUGCGGAGGUUACCACGAAAACUUACUUUACCCGCUUCUGGAUUCUGUUUAUUUUCUCCUUCCUUGCGUGGUUUCAGUGUGCCCAGUGGAACACGUGGGGCCCCAUCAGCGAGAGUGUGAACGUCGCCUUUCCGGGUUGGGGAGCUGAGACUGUAGCCAUGAUGGGCAACUGGGGGACCAUUAUGUUCGUGGUGGGCAUUGUGCCCAUGUGCUGGCUGAUGGAGGCCAAGGGACUCCGUGCAGGCGUGCUUGCAUGUGCUGGCUUGGUUGCAGCGGGGACCGUGAUGAGGAUAAUCCCCUUUGCUACGAGUUCUGACGUGUUCUUCACCGUGAUGUCCCACUUGUGUGCUAUUUGCGUGGGUCUGGCAGCAACCCUUGUCAUGGCUGCUCCCCCUACCAUAGCCGCUGUGUGGUUUCCGCCCGAGGAAAGGACGACUGCUACAGCUGUUUCGCAGGUGAUGAACCAGCUGGGCAACGUCGGGAGUUACAUGGAGCCGCUGCUGGUGAGGGCGCCGCGGAACGGGACGACGGCGGAGGAAAUUCGGAGUGAUAUAAAACUGCUGCUUUACAUUGAUGCUGCAAUUGGUGUCGCGUUGCUGGCGGCCAUCCUGGUGUAUUUCCCGACGAAGCCUCCGCUGCCGCCGUCCGUCACAUCGUCUGUUAAAAGAUACGAUUUUAAGACUAGCUUGAAAGAGGUGUUCAGAAAUCGAGAUCUACUUCUGGUGACAAUCUCCUUUGGGAUAACAGUUGGUAUUCCCUUGACCUGGUUGAGUGUCCUAAACUUUUCCCUUCUUGAACUUGGGAUCGAUCAGGAUGACGCCAUGUGGAUCGGCAUCCUGGCUGUCGUGUUGUCAGGAGCCUCCGGAUUGUUGGCAGGGCGCGUGACCGAUGUUGUCUACGGCUACGUGAAGGUGUCACUGAUCCUGCUGAUGGAAGCGACCCUGGCUUGUUUCUUCUGGUUCUUCCUCUUGGCUUGGGGCGCCGUUGAGGUCACGAGGUGGCAGGUAUAUUUUAGCGUGAUCGGGAGCCUGGCGUUAAAUUUCGCCACCGCCCCACUUUUCAUGGAGCUGGCUGUCGAGGCGUCCUACCCAUGCCCCGAGGUUGUAGUGGGCGGGAUGCUAACAGGGGCGGAUAAUUUCGUGGGUUUGCUGUUCCUCCUGAUCUUCUUCAUUCCUAAUAUAGGAUACGCGUGGGUGACGUAUUCACUGCUUGCAACAGGUGCCUUUGCAAUCAUUCCUCUGCUGCUUGUGCGGGAGAAUUAUGCCAGAUCCAACAUCGACAGGGCCGAUGGUCAUGAAACUUCCACAAAAUAAUUACAGGAGUGGUCAAGGAUGGAUAAAUAAACGGGAGCGAAUAGAUUGCUGGUAUUACUCUCCCACCUAAGAAUAUUUGUUAUUAUAGUCUCCCCUGAGAGGUUCCUUCGUGUAUAAAAUGGAAAAUUUCAUGUGCCCCUUCAUUUUGGGUUCGUGAAGUUUCCUGUGCUGUGUGUAAGUGUAUAAAUGCAAUGAAUAAAUAUAUGGUUUCUGUGUAGAUAACAUUGGAUUCAUGAAAUGCUUGUAUUUCGACUAUCAGAGUAGAUAUUGUUAAUAAUCAGUUAUUAAUAUUUAUUUUGCAUUUGUGUAUUUUUAACAAUAAAAACAUCUUAUAUACC